AUGGGGAGCGCCAACUACCACGCACGAAUUCGUUUCCAUGAUGGCUCUCCUUCAUGGCUACUCCGAGUUCUACGUGUUGCCAGCUUCGCUGUUAGUCUACCGUCUUCGCUGGUUGAGAACCUUGUACUUAGUGAAUAUGCAACCCUAAAGUUUCUUGAAACUAUCACAGUACCUGCACCUCGAGCAUUGGGUUACGGCAUAUGUAGACCUAGAACAGACCAUGGUACUGGCGUCAGCUUCAUCCUCAUGGAAGAACUACGGGGAACACCAUGGAUAGAUAAGCCAGGAGUGUCCAGCGGCGAGGCCAGUGAGAACGAAAAGGCAAGGGUCUGGAGAGGUGUUGCGGACAUUCUGAUGGAGUUAGAAAAACACCCUUUUCCUAAGGCUGGUUCCCUAUGCCUGCAAUCAUCUGAAAUCGAGGUAUCGGCCGUUGCGAGCGACAGGUUCCUCGUCCUCACCCCAACAGGUCCAUUUGCUACAUCUACCGCCUAUUAUACUGCCUUCGCUGAGCAGUAUUUGGAGCUCAUCGUAGACGGCCAGCUAUACACUGAACAUCCUAUCAAUGCUUAUCUAGUGUACCGCUUCUUAAGGGAUAACGCGAUCCAAUUAGUCUCGCAAGAAGAAAACCAAGUGACAGAGAGAUUCUACUUGAAGCAUGUCGACGACAAAGGCGGCCACUUACUCGUCGACGAGCAGCUGAACAUCACCGGCAUUAUUGACUGGCAAAUGGCACGUAUUAUACCUCGACACGAAGCUUUUGGACCAUCGCUUGUUACAGCAGAUAUGGCCUCCCUGUGUAAUGGGAAGUCCUCAUUCAGCCCUAACGAUCUUGUACUAGCUGAUAUUCUACGGAGAAGAGGACUAUCUGAUCUGACCAGCAAUAUAACUGAUGAAAAGGAUUCGCGAAAGUCGCGCUUGUGUGCAUAUGCAACUACUCCAUAUGGCGCGCCGGCACCUCAUCCUUCUCAAAUAACAGCUACCGACGUUAAUGGAGCGAGAUCCUAUUGCGCUGGUCUUCUGCAGAAGUUCGACUCGCCAUCAUACGUCCUCCAAACUUUCAUCCCAGCUUCUGCGAAAGAUGCCUACCUCGCCAUACGGGCUCUCAAUAUUGAGCUUGCCAGAAUACCAGAUCUAGUCUCCAAUCCAACCGUUGGUGCACUUCGAAUGCAGUUUUGGCGGGAUAAUUUGACUCGAACGUUCGCCGGAACGCCGCCAAAAGAGCCUGUUGCGAUCCUCCUCCAUACCGCCCUCCAAUCCCUCAGAUCACGGCAUCCGGGUCUCAGCACAAGCGUCAUGAAGGGGUGGUUUAUGAGGAUAGUAAAUAUCAGAGAGCAAUAUAUGGACAAUCGACCGUUCACUACGAUAGAUGCUCUCGAGACGUAUGCGGAAAACACAUAUUCGACGUUGCUCUACUUGACCCUAGCGACGAUACCAUUGAACUCAAUGUCAACAGAUCAUGUCGCCAGUCACAUUGGGAAGGCCACUGGGAUUGCUGCGAUACUUAGAGGAUUGCCGCUCCUUGCGUUCCCACCACCCCCGAACCAUCAUAGUAAUAACGCAGCUUUUAGUGGCGCUCUCGGCGGCAGCGUUGGUGGGCGCCAGGGAGCUGUGGUUCUGCCAUUAGAAGUGAUGGCAGAAGCUGGAGUGAGAGAAGAGGAUAUUUAUAGGCAGGGCGCCGACGCUCCUGGCCUUAGGGAUGCCGUUUUUACAAUAGCCACAAGGGCGAAUGACCACCUGAUCACAGCUGGAGAGAUGUUGAAGAAUUUAAAACAAGGAGAAGAUGCGGGUCACGCGUUCGAACAUGAAGGCGAGGAUGGCCACCAAUAUGCGGAACGGGGCAUCUCUGGCAAAUCCCAAAUCGACGAACUGGAGAUGGGAUUUGGUGUCUUGAUGCCAGCUGUAUCCACCAGGCUCUGGCUAGAGAAGUUGGAGAAAAAUGAUUUUGAUAUCUUCAAGCCAGAAUUGCGAGCUAGAGAGUGGAAGUUACCCUGGAAGUCAUACUUGGCAUAUUCUAGGCGAACAAUAUAG